UGUAAAUAAAAACCCUAAUUGCUGGCUCAGUACAAUCUCAACAUUUUGAUUUUCUGUUCGGAGAUGAAGAAAUUAGAGACGCCCAUUGCAACUUCAAGUAAGAUUAUAUUCGACGAUAGCGAUGAUGAGCAUGAAUCCAUGUCUGAAGAUGAAGGUGAAAUAGAGCGGGAGCUAGAGGAUGUUACAUUUGAAGAGCUGCAGAGAGCAAGGUCUGAUGGUUCUGACAUGGUUUACAAGAAACCCAACUCAGAUAAAAAAGCCGGUCGAGUCAAUAAAAACAGGCCAAUGGAGAUAAGUAGCAAGAAGCCUGUCAGCAGAUUUAGGGAAGUUAUUCAAGUUCCAAAAAAGGUGGUUAGGGACCCUCGUUUUGAGUCAUUAUGUGGAGAACUCAAUGUCGACGGCUUCAAGAAGAGAUAUAACUUUAUUUACGAGAACACACUUCCUGCUGAAAAACAGGAACUAAAGAAACGGAUGAAGAAAGUAAAAGAUCCGGAAGCAGUAAAUGAACUAAAGGAUCAGAUAUCUCGGAUUGAUAAAGAGUUGAAGUCGGCUGCACCUAAGCGUACGGAGAAUGAUAUAUUGGCGGAGCAUAAGAAGAAAGAGAGGGAAGCUGCAAAGAAAGGGAAACAACCUUAUUAUCUCAAAAAAUCGGAUAUUCGGAAGCAAAAGCUUAUCGAGAAAUACAAUGAACUCAAGGAGUCUGGCAAACUCGAAGCUUUUAUCGAGAAAAAGAGGAAGAAGAAUGCUGCCAAGGACCAAAAGUACAUGCCUUAUCGACGCCCCUCCGAACAAGGAGACGAGUAGUUUGCACUUGCUUUACUGCAAACUUGUCGAUGGCUCUCGUUUUUGUUUUUUUUUUUGGCUGCGACUUUUUGUACAUUUUUAAUUUGUGAGAAACAUUCGGUGAAAAAACGAAACCAGAAUUUUACCUCACAUUUAGAACCUUCCUCCGUAAUGUUUGGAUAAUGGAUCAUUUUUAAUAGGGUAAAUUACAACCACCCUUGAUGUAUGG